UGGUAACGGGGCGUGGAUAAACCAAGCAGUUUCCCAGCAUGCCAUUGAUUUGCGUCUGCGGACCGUCUGACAGUCAGCCGGGCUGCCGGAGCAGCUGAUCUGAUAGCCGGGUGUCUCCGGGAUGAACACAGCGGCUCCUCGUCUUCCUCUUCUCCACAGGCCGAGCUUUCGCUCUCCCAGCGGCGGGCAUGAGGAAUCGACUGCCCGAACUGGCCCUGCCAUUAUGGCUAAUUCUAGAGUGUGUAGAAGCCAAAAAGUACUGCUGGUAUUUUGAAGGCGGAUACCCCAUCUACUUCAUAUGUCGCUCCUAUGAGGAUUGCUGUGGGACUCGCUGCUGUGUGAGAGCCCUGUCCAUCCAGAGACUAUGGUACUUCUGGGUGCUGCUGAUGAUGGGAGUACUGUUCUGCUGUGGUGCUGGCUUCUUUGUCCGCAGAAGGAUGUCUCCGUCCCCUUUGAGAGACGAGCCAGCUUUCAACGUCUCCUUCACCAGGCACCCUGUCAGCACACCCGUUCUACAGCAGCCAGGGGGUCUGCAGGGCUUUGGGGUCAAUGGGAUGACAGGUGGCGACACAGGAGUUACCAUGACACACCCAGCACAGCCUGGUUCCGCCCAUAUAAUGACGGGUGCCUACCCUCCUCCUCCGUCUUACUGCAACUACCCGCCUCCAUCCUACGAACAAAUAUUUCAAAACAGCCACAAGAAGUAACUUCCACGAGGAACUCUUGAUACAUGGUACUUGGCAAGGAGAAAGGGAAGGAGGCUGUGAGGGGCUGAAUUAUCAGGACGGUUAGAUAAAGAUGAGGAAAGCCUGCCAAUUGAUGCAAUUCAACUGUUUGUGGAUGUAAGACUUGGAAAACACACAAUCCCCUGUCCUGUGGAUACAGCAACCAGAGUCUAGAUGCACAGACUCACUCUUUUACUCACACACACUGUUUCCUCUGCAGUGCUUCAUAUUCUCUUGAUUUACGUGGAUCUGUGUGUAAAGGGAUCAUCCCGUUUUAGUUGAACAAAAGACAAGCAAGGAUGCACUCGUUCAGGUUUUGGAUUCACCCCCUAUCACCUGUCUCGUCCACCUUCCCAAUGCAUCUACUCUAACUUUGCAAAAUGGAACAAAGAAUGAGUCAAACUCAUGAUGUAUUAAAAUGCUGGAUACUGUUUGUCUGAAUGGAUAGUGCUUAAAUAAUUGUUUAGAAAAGCUUUCAAUUUAACAGCUGACAAAUGUAACAAAGUAAAACACAUUAUCAUAAAACAAGAUUGGUAAAGGACUAUCUCUGUACAAACCAUUCUAAAAGCAAUUUCAAAGAUGGCAGUGACUUAUUUUCCAUCGAGCAUUUUACUGCAAGAUGGGUUCUUUACUAAGCGAUGACUUCUUGAUUCAUUUUUUAUCACAGUAUGUGUAGUCCCGUUUAUGUAAUGACAUAAUGAUCUUCUCCAGCAGUCACUGGCUCAUUCUCCUGUUAGCAGCAAGGAUGCAUUUAGUUGACGACAAGAUGAAUCAGACAAGUACAGAGGGACACUGAGCUAGAAAAGUGUCAAAUGUAUGCCACUCUAUUUCUGGUGUCCUAUGCUGUUGUAUUUCUCUUUGCUGGUUGGUAUGCUGCUGCUGUUCAUAUGGGAAAUGUUCUUUUGUUCAACCACACCACACUGGCAUAUCGAGAGUCUGCCACUUCAUGGCAUAACAUUAUACUGGUGUAAUAAUACCUUCAAACGCAGCUGUCAUUGGUGUAAUAAACUCUAUACUUUUCUGGCAGCUAAACUACUUAGUCUAUCCAUUGCUACAUAUUAAUCCAAUGGAAUCAACAACAAUAAUGGAUUAUUAAAUUUAUGCAAAGUUGAGUUUGGACCACCAAAUUUACACCACUUUAAUAGUAAAAACAAACUGUCAUGAAGGUGCUGACUUACGAUAGCUGUCCCCGGCUAGCUGGUGUGUUAGCAGUUAGCUCACCAGCAGAGCACUAGCAUGUAGUACUAGCCAUGGUAGUGUUGUGAAUAUGUCACCAAGCUUUUUGAAUAAAAUGUUUUGCAAAGACACUC